AUGGAGCUCGACAGGCGAUUGACAUGGAGGCACUCCUCCUACCUGCUUGCCUUCCUGCUGGUGGCCCAAUCGAUCCUGGUCUUGUAUGGUCUGAACACUGCGCCGCCAGGCUUCCGAGGCACAGGCACAUCGGGAAUACAGCACCAAGUCCAAGGGUUGGAUCAGCUGCUUCCACACGAGCUCCCAGAUACGCUUUCUGUAGCUCAAUGCGACGCUGAAUUUCCACACCUCUACUACGAGGUUGACCGAGCAGCAAGCUACUGGAAGGCAAAGAAGCACACCAUCUCCAAAAAGGACGUGGACAUUUCUUGGCAUCCUACCGACUGGUUAAGUGGCGGGGCCAUACGAGUGCUGAUACAUGACAAUCGACUGCGCGUCCUCGAAAGCAUCAACGCCUUGCGCUUGAUAGGCUAUCAGGAACGUUCGCUGGGCAUCCUGAAUUUGUUGCAUCGCGCGUUGGAAGCCGCAACUGCUGGCGGAGAACGACUUCCCACCAUCGAAGCAGCAAUCGUUCUUCAGGACUUAUCCUUGCCGCCAACGGAGCAUGGCACCGAGACUUUCUGGACCUGGACUCGCGAGCUCGGCAACAGCACAUUUGAUCGCGUUUGGCUGAUCCCAAACUUCGACUUCUGGGCAGCGAAAGGUCUGGGCUCCUAUCGAGACGCACGUCUGGAAGCAUUUGCGCGCGACAACGUGGAGAAGAUCCCCAAAGCCGUCUGGAGAGGGAGUCGACUGAACAAUGAGAAGCUUAGAAGUGGCCUGUUCAACACGACAAGAGGAAAGGAAUGGGCAGACAUCCUUUACUACAACGGCACUACUGGCGAGAAUGCGAUCCCCAUCAGAGAUAUGUGCAAUUACACCAUGACAGUGCAUACGGAAGGCUGGACGUAUUCUGGCCGACUCAAGUUUCUCUUCAACUGUAACUCUCUUCCUUUCGUCCACGAGUUGAACUAUACGGCGCAAUACUAUCAUCUGCUGGAGAAGGAGGGACCGAAUCAGAACUACGUCGCCGUGGCUCGCAAUUGGUCUGACUUGGAGGAGAAGGUUCUCUACUAUAAAGACCAUCCUAACGCAGCCCAAAACAUUAUCGCGAACAAUAUGGCCACCUUCAGAGACAAGUACUUGACGCGAGCGGCGACUUCUUGUUACUUGAGAAGACUGAUACGAGCGUAUUCUGAAGUGGCCUUCACGCCGGAAGUUCACGCGCCUGAAGGUGUCGGCUCGACGGAGCUUCGCGGACGUCCAUUUGAGAUGUACAUGAACAGGCCCGAAGACUUUCUGGAGCCGAAAUGA